AAAGAGUAUAGAAAAGAUUUGGAAGAAGGGAUGAAAGGAAAAGGAAUGACAGUGUUUGAAGAUACACCAGACUUGAUUAGAGUGAAAAAUGCAGCUCAGAUACUAAAUGAGAGACAAUACAAGAAAGACCUGGAAACUGAAAUCAAAGGGAAGGGCAUGGACGUUGGUCCAGAUACGCCGGAGAUAAGACGAGCCAAGAAAGCUUCUGAAAUUGCAAGCAUGAAAGAAUACAAGAAAGACUUGGAGAAUGAAAUUAAAGGCAGGGGAAUGGAAGUGAGCACAGAUACCCUUGACAUACAACGAGCUAGAAAAGCUUCUGAAAUUGUCAGCCAGAAAGAAUAUAAAAAGGAUCUGGAGACUGAAAUUACAGGAAAAGGGAUGCAAGUUGGCCCAUAUACUCCAGAUAUAUGAGCCCAAAAGGCUUCAGAAAUAGCAAGCCAGAAAAUGUACAAAGAUGAAGCAGAGAAGAUGCUGUCUAACUAUUCUGCUGUCCCAGAUACUCCCGAGAUGGAGAGGAUAAGAAGUACUCAGAAAAACAUCAGUUCAGUGUUUUAUAAGAAGGAAGUAGGAGCAGGCACAGCUGUAAAAGAGACUCCAGAGAUUGAAAGAGUAAAGAAAAAUCAACAGAAUAUUAGUUCGAUUAAAUACAAGGAAGAAAUUCAGCAUGCAACAGCGAUUUCGGAUCCACCUGAACUAAGGAGGGUUAAAGAAAACCAGAAGAACAUUAGCAAUGUUCAGUACAAAGAACAGCUCUGCAAAGCUACACCUGUGAGUGUCACCCCUGAGAUGGAAAGAGUCAAGAGGAAUCAAGAGAAUGUUCACUACAGAGAGCAACCUGGCAAAGCUACUGCUGUGAGUGUCACUCCUGAGAUAGAGAGAGUCAGGAAGAAUCAAGAUAAUAUCAGCUCGGUCAAGUACAGCAGUGAUCAGAGGCAGAUGAAAGGUAGACGUAGUGUGCUCCUAGACACACCUGAGCUAAGGCAUGUCAAAGAAACACAAAACCACAUCUCAAUGGUAAAAUACCAUGAAGAUUUUGAGAAGACAAAGGGCAGAGGCUUCACCCCAGUGGUAGAUGAUCCUAUAACAGAGCGUGUACGGAAAAACACACAAAUUGUGAGUGAUGCAGCAUAUAAGGGUGUGCAUCCACAUAUUGUUGAAAUGGAUAGAAGACCUGGAAUAAUUGUUGAUCUUAAAGUUUGGCGCACAGAUCCUGGCUCCAUCUUCGACAUUGACCCUCUGGAGGACAAUAUUCAGUCUAGGAGUCUGCAUAUGCUUUCUGAAAGAGCAAGCCGUUACAGUAAGCAGUAUUUCCGUUCUGCCAGUCUGGGAGAUUAUAAAUCAGAUGACUCUGACACGAACCCUACCUUUUCUUACUGCAGUGAGAUAACAAGGCCAUGUGAUGAAGGAGCCCCUGUUCUCCCUGGGGCAUACCAGCAAAGCCCAACUCAAGGAUAUGGAUACAUGCACCAGACCAGUAUGUCAUCCAUGAGGUCCAUGCAUUCACAGCCUCAUUCAGCAAAUCUGAGAACAUACAGAGCUAUGUAUGACUACAGUGCUCAAGAUGAAGAUGAAGUUUCCUUCAGGGAUGGUGAUUAUAUCAUCAAUGUGCAACCAAUUGAUGAUGGUUGGAUGUAUGGUACUGUUCAGAGAACUGGGAAAACAGGAAUGCUUCCAGCAAAUUAUAUUGAGUUUGUUAACUAA